AUGGACGAUUCGGAAAAUUAUAUCGAGGAGGAUGAAAGGCUGCAUGACGAAGUAUCACUCAGUCAGCUUCAGUUGCCACCUCUGUUUUCGGGAGAAGAGUGCAGCCUCGUAGAGGAAGAAGUCAUCAUCAAAUACGAGACGCAAGCUCAGCUGCUUAAACAGGAACGGAUACAGGCCAUGGGGUUGUGGCAGACAGCAGCUCUGCAGCUUGACCAUCUCCAGAAGUACUACCAGAACGAGCUCAUGGCCAAUUGUAAUUUAUUGAAGACCGUGAGUCAGCAAAGUACAGAAAUGGAGGAGCUACAUGAUCAACUCAGAACAACCAAGGAUGAUCUGAGAACUGCCAAAGCCAAAGUGGAUGAAAUGACGCAACAGCUUCUGUUUGUUCAACAACAGAUAAAGAAAAAGGAGGAAGAUGUAAUCGAGGCCCAGAGUCGAGAAGAAGCUGCAAGAAGACAAAUCCAACAGCUUCAGGCUACCAUCAGCAAGCAAGAGCCCAGGGUAAACGCUGCAUCUCAGGAGGCAGAAAAUGCACAAAAAGAGCAAACCAUGUGGGAGAAAACAUCAGCCAGCCUCCAGGCCCGGUGUGCUACUUUAGAAGAAGAGAAGUAUGAGGCUGUGGACAAAGUCAGAGAGUGUGUGCAGAUGGCUGAGGAGGCGACAAUGCAAAGAGAUGAGGCUCACUUAAGAGCAAAACAGUUGGUGGAGGAGCUUGAGAAGACAAGGAGGACGUUCCAACAAUUGAUCCAAGAUGCUGCUCUCUGCUCUCAGAAAGAGGUGACUCAAAUACGUGAGCUGUGCAACACUGAAAUGCAAAGAAUGGCUGAGGAGAUGUCUAUGUUGCAACUGGAAUCUGCCGACAAGCAGUCACAGAUAGAAAGAUUCAAGCGAGAAAGAAGAGCUUUAGAAGAGGAACUGCAAAAGGUGACCAAAGGCAGGGAAGAGCAAGAGUUAGGACAACUCAAUGCUCUUCAUCAGAGAUUUUUAAAUGCGGAGAGGAUGAAGGAAGAAAUGAACACCACUUUGCAAAGCACCCAAAGCAAACUCAAAAAGAUAGAAACUGAAUACAAUGAGGAAUUGUCCCGCAGCCAGGAGGAAGUGCAGCGGCUGCAAGGUUGUUUGGCUGCAGCCCAAAAGGACUGUGUCAAAAUCAGCGAGGAACGCCUCCAGUUACAGCAGGAGAACUUGCAGGCCCGCAGGCAGAUGGACGAGCUGCAGAAAACUCAUGUGCUGAUCCAAACAAAGACCAAACAACAGAUGACACAGAUGGAUCAGGAUUACAGCACAAAGGAGAAGUCUCUUGAAGCACAGAUGAGCGACUUGGAAAACAGCAGUCAUGAAUCAAUUGCUGAUCUAAUACACCUUCUCACAGCACAGCAGAAAAGUAUUCAGAGCUGGAAAGUGGAGGCACUACACAUGGUGCAGGCCUUUGAAGCUAAGAUUAAACAUCUUAUGGAGCAGCUGAACCUACAGCAUCAAUGUUCACUUGAACUGAAGAUACAGCUGAAAAACAACAACAUUACUAUUGCUGAGUAUGAGACACAGCUAGCAGAAUUUCAAGAAAAGGCCAGCCGCCUCCAGAGGAGACUAACCAAGGUUGAGCAACGUGCUUCUAUAUCUUCACAGCAGCUUUCCAUUUUGGCAUCUCAGAAGGAGAAAAAAAGUCUUGACAACGCUAAACAGUAA